AUGGCGACAAAGAAUCCGCCCAAGGCCAAAAAGGCCCCAAAAGUCAAGCAAAUGGAACUGCCCAAUGCCGCCGCUGGUGUGGUCACACGUUUUCCUCCAGAACCCUCGGGGUACCUCCACAUAGGGCACUCGAAAGCUGCUCUUCUCAAUGACUACUUUGCUCACAUUCAAUAUCCUGGUGGCAAGUUGAUCUUGAGGUUCGAUGACACAAACACCGAGAAGGAGAAUGUCGAGUUUCAGGACGCAAUUCGCGAGGAUGUUGCUCUUCUGGGAAUUCAACCAGACAUGAUCUCUUACACGAGUGACUACUUCGACCUAAUCGAUGAAUAUUGUGUCAAGAUCAUCAAGGCUGGGAAGGCCUACGCAGACGACACUCCGGGCGAUGUCAUGAGCGCACAAAGAAUGGCGCGCGAGCCUAGUGUUCACAGAGAUGACACUGUUGAAGAUAACCUGGCAAGAUACGAGGAGAUGAAGAAGGGUACCGAAGAGGGAAAGCGGUGGUGUAUCCGAGCAAAGAUUUCCUAUGCCAACGACAAUGCUUCCCUUCGAGAUCCAGUGAUCUUUCGAUGCCCCAAGAACCAGACGCACCACCAUCGGACAGGAGAUAAAUACAAGGCGUAUCCUACGUAUCAGUUCGCCUGCCCGAUUGUCGAUUCUAUUGAGGGUGUGACUCACGCUCUGAGGACGACUGAGUACAAUGACCAAGAUGCGCAAUACAAGUGGAUUCUUAAGGCUAUUGAUUUGCGGAGUCCUUACAUCUGGACUUUCUCCAAGAUUCAGUUUGUGCGUACGCUGAUGUCAAAGCGAAAAUUGACAAAGCUGGUCAAUGCGGGUAUUGUGUCGGGCUGGGACGAUCCCCGAUUCCCAACCGUGAGAGGGAUCCGGCGGCGCGGCAUGACGGUUGAAGGGUUGCGGGAUUUCAUGGUCAGUCAGGGUCCGAGCAAGAAUGUGGUCAAUAUGGACUGGCAUACUAUCUGGACCAUGAACAAAAAAGUGAUUGACCUGACAAGUGCGCGAUACACCGCGAUUGACGACAACCAUGUCGUUUGCAAAAUCAAAGGCCUCCCGCAGGAAGCGCCUUAUUCGGAGAUCAAACCCAAACAUGCCAAAUACGACCUCGGAGAGAAAAAGGUUUGGUACAGCUCUAACGUCAUCAUCGAGCAGGAGGAUGCGCGGACUUUCGCCAAAGACGAAGAAAUCACCUUGAUGAACUGGGGAAAUGCCUAUGUCCGUGACAUCCAGUACGAGAAAACUACCGACAAACCAGAUAUCACCGACAGCGUCAACGCACUAGGCAACGUUGCUUCCCUCGAGCUCGAACUCCACCUCGACGGCGACUUCAAGGCCACCAAAAAGAAGAUCACGUGGCUUUCCAAAGAUCAGGACCUCUGUCCCGUCCAAUUGAAAGAUUUUGAUCAUUUACUCUCCAAGGAUAAGCUUACAGAGGAGGAAGAAACCCACUGGGAAGACUUUCUGACGCCCAAGAGCGAGUUCAGCUCUACUGCACUAGCUGACUGCAACGUAUGGGACAUCAAGGCGGAUGAUAUCAUCCAAUUCGAUCGCAAGGGUUACUAUAGAUGUGACAAGGCUCCCACCAAGGAGUCACGGGGCGUCUUUUUCAAAGUACCGUCGGGCAAAGAAUAA